AUGGCUUCCGAGGGCUCCAACGAUCUGCCUGUCAGGCCUGCUGCCGACGCCAAACCUGCUGUAAACGGGCCAGGCAACGGUCUUCCCGAUUUUAUCAUCGAACGUAACAACCUCUUCGAGGAACUGUGGCAGCAAUAUCUGGAAGAGCUCAAGAACAAGCCCCACAACGACAUCAAUGUCACCAUCGAACUUGGUGACGGCAACACCGCCAAUGUCACCGCGAAGGCCUUCGAGACCACCCCCGCUCAGCUUCUGAAGAACGUCCCCAAGGAAUUGAGUGCUAGCAUCGUUAUCGCGAAGGUGGACAAGGAACUCUGGGAUCUUGGUCGCCCGCUCGAGGGUGAUUGCACCGUCUCUUAUGUGCCAUUUGAGCACCCCGAGGGAAAAGAGGUUUUCUGGCACUCCAGCGCGCACACCCUGGGAGAGGCCUGUGAGUGCGAGUUCGGAUGUCUUCUUUCUCACGGUCCCCCCACCCCCCAGGGUUUCUUCUAUGAUAUGGCCAUGCCCGAUGGUCGUGUCGUCAGGGAGACUGAUUGGUCGGCCUUGGACAACAAAGCCUCUCGUAUCUUCAAGGAGAAGCAGAGCUUCGACCGGUUGGAGGUCACCAAGGAGAACCUCAAGAAGAUGUUCGCAUACAGCAAGUACAAGCUUCACUACAUUGACAAGUUGGUGACCGGCGAAAAGAGCACCGUCUACCGGUGCGGUACUCUUGUCGAUUUGUGCAGGGGUCCCCACAUCCAGAGCACUGGCAAGAUCAAGACUUUCAAGAUCAUGCAGAACUCUUCGGCGUACUUCCUUGGCGACCAGACCAACGACUCACUGCAGCGCAUCCGUGGUGUUGCCUUUCCCGACAAGAAGCUGAUGUCCGAACACCUUAAGUUCCUCGAGGAGGCAGAGAAGCGCAAUCACCUCAAGAUCGGAAAGGAGCAGGAGCUUUUCUUCUUCGACGAAGUCUCUCCUGGAUGCGCUUUCCUUUUGCCCAACGGUACUAAGAUUUUCAACGCUCUCCAGUCCCUUCUGCGCUCAGAGUAUCGCAAGCGUGGCUACCAGGAGGUCCAGACCCCCAACAUGUAUGAUGUUGGUAUCUGGAAGACUUCCGGCCACUGGGCGCACUACAAGGACGACAUGUUCAAGUUGGACGUCGAGAAGAGAGAGUGGGCGCUGAAGCCCAUGAACUGCCCUGGUCACUUCGUGCUCUUUGGUCACCGUGACCGUAGUUAUCGUGAGCUUCCUCUGAGAAUCGCGGAUUUUGGUGUCCUGCACCGUAACGAGGCCUCCGGCGCUCUCAGCGGACUUACCCGUGUCCGCAAGUUCCAGCAGGAUGAUACCCACAUUUUCUGUACUCAGGACCAGAUCAUGUCCGAGAUCGAGGGUCUGUUCGACUUCCUGCAGUCCAUCUACGGCCUCUUUGGCUUCACCUUCAAGCUCAAGCUCUCUACCCGCCCGGAGAAGUACCUGGGUGAGCUUGCCACCUGGAACUAUGCCGAAGAGCAGCUGAAGGCUGCCAUGACCAAGUUCAAGGGCAGUGACUGGUACAUUGACGAGGGCGAUGGAGCCUUCUACGGCCCCAAGAUCGACAUCACCAUUGCCGAUGCCCUCAAGCGAGAGUUCCAGUGUGCCACCAUCCAGCUUGACUACCAGGCUCCUAUCAACUUCAAGCUUGAAUAUAUGACCAACGAGAAGACGCAGACGGCCCAGAUGACCCAGGAGGAGCCUAAGGAGGGCGAGGCCAAGUCCACGGAGCCUGGUCCUGGUCGCGCUCGUCCCGUUGUUAUCCACCGUGCCAUCAUCGGCAGCUUUGAGCGUUUCCUUGGUAUCUUGAUUGAGCACUUCGGUGGCAAGUGGCCUUUCUGGAUCAGUCCCCGUCAAAUCCUAAUCGUCCCGGUCAUGCCCGCUGUCAACGACUACGUCGAGGAGUUGCAGCAAAUCUUGCGCGCUGACAAGCUGAACGUUGACAUUGAUAUCAGCGGUAACACCAUGCAGAAGAAGAUCCGUACUGGACAAUUGCAGCAGUACAACUUCAUUUUCGUUGUUGGUGCCCAAGAGAAGGAGAACCGCUCGGUCAACAUCCGUAACCGUGAUGACCCCGCCACCCAGAACAAGGGCAUCAUGGUUCCUCUGGAAGAGGCCCGUGAGAAACUCCGCAGUCUGCGGAAGGAGCGCAGACUGGUCAACUCCCUGUAA